CUGUCCUCUCUUCCUCCGCCACUGGCCUCUUUUCAGCUCACUCCCUCGGCUCUCUUGCGCUUUUUCAUCCACGACUCGCCCUGUGGAUUUCUUCCUCCCCUCCCGUCUCUCCGGGAAACCUUCGCAGAGCAACGCUGUCGUGACUCGCCGGCUGCCACUGCAAAGGAAAGGAGAGAGUAGGAGGAAGUAGAGAAAGCGAGAGAAGCUGAGACAGACCAAUCGAUUAUCCUGAUACAGAGGAGAGAGAGGUAUUGGGAGAGGAGAGGAGAGGCAGUAGCGGCGUUUUUUUUUUUCCUAGUCGUCUUUGUUUUAAAAGGAGAUUAUCUUCGACUUGUAUGGGAGUCUUCUACAACAUUUGAUUCGCGUCCUUCCGUUGGAAAGAGAGGACAGCUAACUGAAGGGACAGCUGGUGCAGUUUUGACACAUCGAGGACUCUUCCUCCCUCCCCUCUUGAGCCAAAACAGCCAACAUUUGGUAUUUGGGAGGAGGACCACUUUUGAAUGAGAAGUUCAAUGUUUACCAUCUAAUUGAUCUCCAUUCUGAAUGAUAAUGCUGGACACCAACCAUUGCCUGUCCUUUGAACCCUCCCCCGGGGGCUCUCCUCCAAUGGGAGAAGACAUGGAGAAGGCAGGACUGAAGAUGGAUCAUGACAGACUUGUCUAUCACAGCCUGAAAGAAGUCCUCCAACUCAAACUCCAGCAGAGACGCACACGAGAGGAACUGGUCAGCCAAGGGAUCAUGCCACCACUGAAGAGCCCAGCAGCCUUUCACGAACAGAGGAGGAGUCUGGAGCGAGCAAGGACUGAGGACUAUCUGAAGAGGAAGAUCCGGUGUCGUCCGGAGCGCUCUGAGCUGGUUAGGAUGCACAUUCUGGAGGAGACGUCUGCAGAGCCCUCCCUGCAGGCCAAGCAGCUGCAGCUGAAGCGAGCUCGACUGGCCGACGACCUCAACGACAAGAUCUCCCACCGACCGGGUCCCAUCGAACUGGUUCACAAGAACAUCCUGUCUGUCAGCUGCCCUCUGCAGCACUCACCGCUGGAUUCUCCAAAGGGAGCUGGGGGAGAGAGUUCAUCUUUAGAUGAAGACAGCAGUGAUGCACUGUCACCAGACCAGCUAACCAAUCACGACUCUCCCCUGAGUGCUGUCCCACAGCUGUCCCCCACUGACGGACUCACCCAGAAUGGGGACAUUUCCCCCACACAGUUCCUUACGCAGCCCCCUCCUCCACCACCUCCACCACCUCCUCCCCAGGUGAAUGGGUCAGACUCCUCCCCGCUCCCAAAAGCGACAAAUGGGACAACAGGGACGCCAGCAAAUUCCCGCCCCUCUACUGGACAUAUCAAGCAGUCUCAGGCUAAGACGAGUUCAGACCGCCCUCAACAGAGACCUAAGAAACCAAAGGACAGCAAACCCAAGGUGAAGAAGCUCAAGUACCACCAGUACAUCCCUCCGGACCAGAAGGCAGACAAGGAGCGUCCGCCUCAGAUGGACUCAUCCUAUGCGAAGCUCCUCCAUCAGCAGCAGCUCUUCCUGCAGCUGCAGAUCCUCAGCCAGCAACAGCAGCACUACAACUACCACACCAUCCUGCCCGCCCCUCCCAAGCCACCAACCGAGCAGCCUCCCACAACCAACUCCGGCCCUUCCCCCUCCCGCAGUGUUCCCACGACGACCACCUCAGCCCCCACCAAUCAGAGCGGGACUGCUCGGCAGAGCCAAACGGCAGUGGGAGGAGUCAAACCAAGCACUCUGCCAGCCAACCUGGAUGAGUUCAAAGUCGCUGAGUUAAAGCAGGAACUGAAAUUACGUGGUUUGACCGUGUCAGGCACCAAGAAUGAUCUCAUUGAGAGGCUUCGUAACUAUCAAGAACAAAAUGGCUCCACCGCAGCGGUUUUGAAAAAUGGCAUAUCGCAGCCCAGCCAGCAGGGUGUGGUCUCAGUUGCUAACACAAACACAUCCUCUCCAACCACAACUACCACCUCUGAACACCAAUCAGGAGAGGGCGGGUUUAAGGUAGCUUUUUCCACAUUGGCUCAGACUGUUCCAGGGCGAGUCAUGCGUUUCGGCAGCACCAACUCCAGCCCGCCUGUGUCGCCGACUCCAUCUGAGCGGUCGUUAGCGGGGAUGAGUCCAGAUGAAACCAGCUGUAAUGGAGACAUGUUUGGAGAGAUGGUGAGCUCUCCCCUGACCCAACUCACCCUGCACCACUCUCCUCAGCACCCGCCAAAUGUCUCUCCGCUCUCACAGCCACUCUCCAAGGUCAAAGAGGAAACCCAGAGCUCAUGCAGCCUCGCCAGGACUUCACCCGCUUCAGGCCAGCCUCCAGAGCCCCUGUCUGGGGUAGCCAUGGACACAUUCUCCAUGGACAAAGACCAGAUGCUUCAGGAGAAGGACAAACAGAUCGAGGAGUUGACUCGGAUGCUGAGGCAGAAGCAGAGGUUGGUGGAGACGCUCAGAUCCCAGCUGGAGCAGGGCAAGAUGGCGGGUGGAAUAGUGGUGGAGAAAGAAGGAAGUGAGAAGAGCAGAACGACAUCCCCAGAGGUUAAACAUCAAACUCUGAUAAAAGCCUCAGCCAUUCAGCCCCCUACGCUCCCCAACGGCCUCGUGGUGAAGGUGAAGAAGGAGUUGGAGUCUGAGGAGGGGAUGGAGGGAGUAACAGAGGAGGCCCAGAUAAAAAAACUGGCCCAACCCAUGCAGUGCUCUCAGGAGACUCUGCUCAGGCUGCAGCAGAUUCAUCGGCUGCAAGUCCAACAAGCCGAACAACAGAAACAGCUGCAGCAGAGUCAAACGCAGCUGCAGAAAGUGGCAGAGGUCAAGUCAAACCCUCAAAAACAACAACAGCAGAAGAAAGAAGCUCAAAUCUUGCUCCACCAGCAGCAGCAACUGCAGCAGCUCAUCAUACAGCAAACCCAACAGAAGCAGCUCCAGGCCCAGCAGAAGUUAGCACAGCAGAAACUGGCCCAGCAGAAACUCAGUCAGCAGAAGCUGGUGCAGCAGAACCAGCUGAAGCAAACACAAGGGCAGGUCCAAGCUCAGCAGAAGAACCAGGUUCAGCUGAAGCAGGUUCAGGUGCAGAUUCAGAAUCAGACAGUGGCAACUCAGAAGCCUGCAGCGAACCAAACUCAACAAAGGAGGCAGCUGAAGGCUCAGCAGAGGCAGAAACAGCAGACGCCAGCUGUCACCACACAACAGGUGACUCCAGUCUUCAUCAACCAACAGAACGGCACUCAGUUCCACACUCAGGCUAUUUCGUUAGACCUCCUCAAGGCCAACGGAACGCCGACACUGGUCACCGACAGCAACGGCAACCACUACUUGAUCGCUCUGACCAGUCACACCACGGACGGACAGAACGGAGUGUCCUCAUUGGCCAAAACCAACGGACGCAUCACGCUGCAGAGAUUGCAGUCGACUCCUAGUAAACUCCCCAGCACUGACAGCCAAUCAAAAGAGCAGAAAGAGGCCGAGCCUGUGAGCCAGCCAAUCAAAAAGGGACAGAAGGCAGCACUGCACUUGGACACCAGUGGUGUUCCACAACCCGGCCAGUCAGUCACCGCUCCGCCCAAUCUGCAGCCUUUCUUCGACGACAUGUCCGACAGCGAAAGCCAAAGCAACAUAAUCUCGUCCCUCAAGAGAGAGGAGGUGUGUCCGCCUUACGACCGGCACACACUGUUUACCCCUCCCUCUCCCAAACCCAACACCUCCCUUCCUACUCAGCGUUCCAAACAGGAGAAUGGUGUGAACAGUCAGCAGAUGGACGACCUGUUUGACAUCCUGCUGAAGAGCGGAGAAAUCCCCGGCUUCAAGGCCAACCCCGACCCUUCCCUCGCCCCGCUCCACUCUGACCCGCCCUCCCCAUCUUCUCCCCCGUCCCCACUCCACCUUUCCCCUCCCACCCCCACCUCUCCCCUAAUCUCCCCCCAGCCUUCCAUAGGAGAGCCCUGCACAGGCAGCGGACGCCUGGAAGACUUCUUGGAGAGCACCACCGGCGCCCCGCUGCUGGGCGUGGAGCCGGACGGCGGCCUGACGCUGAUCGACGACCUCCACAGCCAAAUGCUGAGCACCGCCAGCAUCCUGGACCACCCUCCCUCCCCCAUGGACACGUCCGACCUGGGCUUCUCCCCCCAUUCUACGGGGCUAGACUUUGGCGACCCCACCCUGGACAGCAUGGACUGGCUGGAUAUCUCCAUGGUGGGGAGCGCAGGCGGAGGGAACGGGGGCAGCGGAGGAGGGAGAGGAGGAGGAGGAGGUGGAGCGGGGGUAGGAGACGGGGGGACGAGCCUGGCCCCGCUGGCGCCGCACACUCCGCCGAGCGUCUUCUCGGCCGAUUUUCUGGACAGCACAGACCUGCAGCUGCACUGGGAGUCGUGUCUGUAGCCCCGCCCACUGAGGGACGCGCGCUCGCUCACACUGUGUACAGGCUCCGUCUUUAUUUUAUGCACAUACAGAUACCUUCUCUAUGCUGUCUCUACCACUGCAGGAGUCACUGGCACAUGCAAACACACACACAUACACACACACAGUUUGCCCUGUCUUUCACUGGCUGUUACUUUAUUCAGGAUGAGGUGAAAAUGAGAAAGAAACAUAGAAAUGAAAUUCAUAGAAUUGUAAUUCUAUGGGGAUCCAAACAGCAGACUGUUCAGACAAGCUGAUAAAAUCCCGUCUUUUCUGUCCUGCAUUAACCAGGUCAAAGUGAAUCAACAGGCGGUCGUUGUUCACCGCAACGUCAUUUCAACCCUCGGAAACGGUUCGACAGAUGAGAGCCGAGGAGGGGCCGUCAAUGACGUUAACUCGGGCUUCUCUCGAGAUAGCAUCGUGUGUGUGCCAGUGCCUCCUAAACUUUGCACUUAUGCUGAAUCUGAUUGGUUUAAAGAGGGCGUUCAGGUCAAUCUUAGCGCUGUCUGGUGAGGCAGACUGAAAGCCACCUUGUGUUAUAUUAUUGAUCAGCUGAGCCGUCAACGGAUGGUGUGAAAAAGAAAGGCAGCUGCCGGUGGCCUCGCCGCCUUACCGUGGCAACCUGAACCCCGCCCACACUAGUCAAAAACACAACCGUCAUUGGUUGAGAGUUGCUAUUGAAAUGAACCAUAUCAUUGGCAACAGUUUGAAUUGAAGCCUCAUUGGAGGUUGCGUAUUAUUGGUAACAUGGUAGACCACUAUGUAUUGCUGUAUAUGGGGUGUAUAUUAUCAAUUGUCCAUAUGACUUAUUUUUCUUUGCUGGUUGCUUAGAGUCGAGCUGGCCGGCUGGGGAACAUAGGGUGAGGGCGGGGCUUCCAAAACACUUGGACCUUGUCAUUUUUUAAAGAAAA